AUGGGCCUCGCCGAAGGAUUUCGAUUCUCGUUUCUUAUACGUUUCCUCCUCCUCGUCGUCUUCAUCCAUGCCAACAUCGCUGAAACCAAGUCAUUUUUGAGAGGCGAUAUGGCGUGGACUGCUCUCCGGAAACCGAAUAUUGACUUACAGCCGAACCUAACCGAUCUACUCGCAUUCAGAGACCCCAACCAAGACCCGGUCCUCAAAAAGGCUAUGCAAGUUAUCGACAACCUUGCUAUACAGUCAACGUGCCAUCAAGCCGCCGCGGCUCAGUUGCUAGUCACCUGCAAGGCAGUUGGAAAGGAUCUCGCGGGUGAUCAAGGCAAGCAUGAGCUAUUAGAGAGAGCCAAAUCUGUCUACGCGGUGAGGGUUGCUGUCUGUGAGACUCGUGAAGGUCGGGCGGCUGUUCCUACAGCCUGCAGAUCCGUCUUGGAUAUUCCACAGCGAUCUGACCGAGAGCUUGAUGUGGUCAGCGGCAAGCUUCUGUCUUCCUGUUUGCAGGUUCUGAUGGUCGAACACUAUUACUGGACAAGCUACAGUAACAGCAGACAAGAUGCCAACACCUUGUGUCAAGCCGGCUCACUAGAAGCGACAAGAUUGGAGGCACUUCGGUCCUACGAGAAGCUCGCUGAGCUCAUUCCUGAAUUCCGAGAAGCUUUGGUAUCAACUCAGUCUCAGUGGCUGGAGUUCACGAAACAGCAGGAAGCGGCUGCCAAGAACAUCAAGCAGCUUCAGCAAACGAAUAGAGCCGAGCUGAAUGCACAGCAUCAGAUGGAGCUCGGGGCAUUGCAUCGUGCAACGAGUGCUGCUAAGAAAGGCUUGGAUGAGGUGUCUCGAGCUUUCCAACAGUCCGUCGCAAAGACUGGUUCGGAUAUUGGUCAGACACAUAAAGCACUCGGACAUAUCUUGACCGAUUUCGCAACCUUGAGAAACCUGCUGGCUGAUGCUCUCCAGAAUACUGCGAAGAACAAUGCCGAGGUCGCUGCAGUUCAAGCAAAAGAUAUGCAAAGUGUCCAUGAGCUUGCUUUAGCCACUACGGAGGUUCUGAAAGACCUGCAAGAGAGCGAAGUCACUCAAAAUGUCAAUGAACUAUUUCAUCGUAUCAAGGUCCAGCUGGACCAGGUUGUCAGUGCGCAGACCAUUCAGCUAACGGGCGCGGAAGAUCACUUGAGACUGAGCAAGGAACUGUCUGAAGCUCAGAAAACUGCGUUAGUUUGGGGACAGCAGAUGAGAGAUUCGUCCGCAUCACUGGCUCUGGAAAUCGACAGUGCCAAUGUGGUUGCCGGGCGAGUCUCAUCCAAGCUCGACAAAGUCAAUCAAGCAUUGACUCGCGUCGAGAAAGCGUCCUCGGUACUGACCACACUUUCUGCCAUGUUAUCGAUUCCAUGCCAAUUUGUGGAGCACCUCCAUCUGAGAAUUUUGGCCCUAUUCGCGACGCCUGCAGUAGUACUCUAUUUCUGGAAGCCUCACAGAUAUUCAUACAGCUUGAUGGCCAUCUAUGUCUUUCUCGAGACUCUUACAUCCUUCGUCACAGAAUACCACGACAGAAUCUCGGGCGUCAUCGGCCGACUAGAAUGGCUAAGUCAAGAUAUAACGAUGCGGAGCCUCCAUAUCCUGGGCCAGCACAUACCAACCCUGGUAUUCUUAUGUGUUGUACUUGCCUGCUUAGCCGUUUGGACAUCCUACAGAGCUCCCAGACCUAAGGUGAUCCGCCUGGACGAGGGCUGCACAGUCGCGAAUCAGUACUACAUGGAAUACCGCGUACGCAAUGGUAAACCUCUACGACAUCCGCUCGACCGCCAUCGCCGAGCUGCCACCGUCUGCUAA